AGUGCAGCCAACUGAACGGCAGUUGAGUUUAACAGAAGUGGUUUUCUGUUUAGUAUUUCUGUUUAGAUUUGGAUGAUCGCUGUUCAUGGCAGAGAUGGUUGUUGGGAAAGGACUCGUUUUAGCCCUACUUUUCUUUGCCGUUGAUGCACGGAGACCGAGAACAGAGCCGCCGUCUGAGGUUGUAGAACAGAAAUCGGGGCCGUUAUACAUGGUGAUGUUUCCUGGAGUGAUUGAGUCUGGUUCUGAAGCCAAAUUGUGUGCAAGUCUUCUGAAACCUCAAGAGAAACUCACAAUGACCAUUUCUCUGCUUGAUGAGAAAAACGUGGUAACUCGACUUGUGCAGCAGAACUCUCGGAUAGCAUUUCACCGAUGCUUUAGUUUCCAGGCUCCUAAAGUAGAUGGAGAAUCUGUGCAGAAGUUUCAGGUGGAAGUUAAUGGAGGGGGCUUCAAAGUGAAGGAAGAGAGCAAAGUUAUGUUCAAACGUUACCAGCCUUUGACUUUCAUUCAAACAGACAAACCCAUCUACAAUCCAGGACAGACGGUUAACUUCAGAGUUGUCACCAUGGAUACCAAAUAUGUGCCUCUUGAUCAAAUGUAUAGUUUGGUGGUCGUGGAGGACAACUCUAAUAACCGGAUCGGACAGUGGACAAAUGUUACCUCAAGGUGGAUAUUGGCGCUUUCUCACCAGUUAAACCCAGAAGCUCAGGUUGGGAUGUACACACUGAGAGCUUUUAUUGGUGAGAGAAUGACCUCACAGGUUUUUGAGGUGAAAAAAUAUGUUUUGCCCAAGUUUGAUGUGACCAUAAAUGCACCACCGCUGUACAGCAUUGCAGAUGUGGGACUGACCGUUGAGGCUUGUGCCAAAUACACGUAUGGGCAGCCUGUACCUGGUCAAGCGUUGGUGGAAGUGUGUCGUGAUCCAUAUGUUGUGUCUAAGUUGACCCGUCAGUGCCUGAAUAAAACCACUAAGAUGAACGACACUGGCUGUGCCUCCCUUACCAUCAGUACAUCAGAGUUUUUCAACCCAAGAUCUGAGAAUUUGCAAGAUUUAUUUUCUGUUAUUGUGAAUGUCACUGAGGAGGGAACAGAUGUAGUGAUCUCAAAAGCCACAACUUUGGCCAUUACAUUUGAAGUCGGCAAGGUCAAAUUUUUGGACCUCCCAGAUUACUAUGAACCUGGAGAAGUGAUUAGUGGAAGGGCAAGUAAAAGAUCAUCCCUCAUUGCAGAAGGCUUCACAUUGGUUCCCUUUCUGAAAUUCAGUCUUUCCCAACAGAUCUCAGUGUGUCACUUCAAUGGGACUCCAAUCACGAACAAAGCAGUGUAUCUGCUGGAUGGUAACAGCUGGCCGAAGAAACUGCUGCUGAAUCUGACCACAAACCGGAAAGGAGUGGCCAAGUUCUCCUUAAACACUGCUAAGCUUGCUAAAGACGCUCUGAAUCUGGUGGCAAGUGCAACGCCAGCCAUUGUUUAUAGUUUCAAGUCGGCGUACUUCGCUACAGAUACAAGGACUGUUCAGCUUCUCCAACUUGGUUCUUCUAGCAACCCAACGAUUAGUGAACUGAGUAUAGUAAAGCUUGAGCAACCACUCAAGUGUGAUGGCGUGGUUCCCAUAACCGUGAAGUAUGCUUUUGUUGGAGAAUCUGGUGGCUACAGUGUUGACAUCAUCUAUAUGGUCUUAUCCAGAGGAGUUAUUGUUCUCCAUGGAUUUAAGAAGAUCACCUCAAGGGCUUCUGAUACUGUCACAAGUGGCACAGUGUCGUUCCAGCUGUCUGUCAGUGUUGAUAUGGCUCCAGUAGUGCAGAUUCUGGCCUUCUGUGUUCUGCCCAGUGAGAAUGUGGUUGCUACAAGUGCACCGUUUGACACCGAAAUGUGUUUCCAGAACCAGGUGUCUCUGCAGUUUUCUCCAGCUACUGCCGUUCCUGGUGAAGAAAACACUUUGACUGUUUCUGCUCAAGCAGGAUCCCUGUGUGGCCUCAGUGCUGUUGAUCAGAGUGUCCGGAUCAUGGAGCCAGGAAGACGUCUGAGUCCUAAAAUGGUGUUUGACUUGCUCCCGAUCCAGUCAGUUUACCCGUACAGUGUGGAGGACGAACCAGAGUGUAUAAGGUUUCAACCCCGUAUACGUUUUCGACCCAGUCAAUCUAUUGUAAUCUAUAGUCAAGCCUACACAACCUUCAAGAGCGUGGGGAUAAAGAUCACAACCAACAUUGCUGCAUUAGCCCUUCGGUGCCAAGACUAUCAAUACGGCUUCCCAGAAGACAUUAGAAGGUUUGAUGGAGUGGCUCUGGCUCGGGCUCAGGUUCCGGUUCCGGCUGCUAUCCCUCUGGAAGCAGAAACUGCUGGAGUCCAGCACUCUUUUGAAGUGAGCGUCAGGACUUACUUUCCAGAAACCUGGAUCUGGCAGCUUGCUCAAGUGGAUGAAACUGGAUCCACACGAGUUCCCCUCAAGGUUCCUGACACCAUCACCACAUGGGAGGCCGAGGCGUUCUGUGUGUCCUCCAAAGGUUUUGGCUUGGCUCCUCCUGUUCAGCUGACGGCCUUCCAGCCCUUCUUCCUGGAGCUCUCCCUGCCUUACUCCAUCAUCCGUGGAGAGUCUUUUGAGCUGAAGGCCACGGUCUUCAACUACCUGUCCAAGUGCAUCAUGGUUAAAGUGACUCCAGCUUCUUCCUUGGCCUUUACUCUUAAACCACUUAAUGAGCCAUACUCAUCCUGUCUCUGUGCCAAUGGGAGAAAGACCUUUAAAUGGGUGUUCACUGCUUCUGUACUCGGACCUGUUAAUGUGACUGUCAGUGCUUCAGCUGAACCAUCCCAGACUCUAUGUGGCAGUGAGGUUGUAACUGUGCCAACAAGGGGACGCAUUGAUGUAGUCACUCAAAGUCUACUUGUUCUGCCUGAAGGAGUUGAAAGGACAAACUCCCAGAGUUGGUUACUCUGUCCUAAGGGCAACAUUCUUUCUGAAGAUGUGCUUCUGACAUUUCCAGCAGAUGUGGUUCAGGGAUCAGCCAGAUGUUCGGUUUCAGUCCUUGGGGACAUAAUGGGUCGUGCCCUGAAGAAUCUGGACCAGUUAUUACGGCUGCCGUAUGGCUGUGGAGAACAGAAUAUGAUUGUUCUUGCUCCUAAUAUUUAUAUUCUGCUUUACCUGGAAACCACAGGGCAACUCACAGAAGCCAUUCGACAGACCGCCACGGGCUACCUUCACAGUGGAUACCAAGGACAACUGAACUAUAGGCACAGUGAUGGUUCAUACAGCACAUUUGGUAACGAUGAAUCGAACACAUGGCUGACCACCUUUGUCCUGAGGUCUUUUGGUCUGGCGAGGCAGUUUAUCUUCAUUGAUCCACAUGUACUGCAGAGUGCAAAGGAUUGGUUGAUCAGCAAGCAGGGUUCCGAUGGCUGCUUCAUACAACAGGGAACUCUGUACCACAAUGAAAUGAAGGGUGGGGUUGGUGACCGCGUGACUAUGACCGCCUACAUUUUAGCAUCACUGCUUGAACUAGGUGUCCCCAUCACGGAUCCGGUCAUCACCAAUGCUCGGUCUUGCUUGAGGCCUGUCAUUGGGAACCUGGGAAACACUUACACGACGGCUCUGCUUGCCUACACCUUCAGUCUGGCUGGAGAGACCAGCACUCGAGCACAACUUUUAACUGCCUUGAACAACGUUGCUAUUUCUGAAGGAAACAAGCUCCACUGGUCUCAGACGUCAUCUGGUGACACUCUGGCGGUGGAGAUCAGCUCGUAUGUGCUGCUAGCGGUUCUCUCUGUACAGCCUCUCAAGACCACUGAUCUGGGGUAUGCUAACCGCAUUGUCAACUGGCUUGUGGCCCAGCAGAACCCUUAUGGAGGCUUUUCCUCCACCCAGGACACGGUGGUGGCUCUUCAUGCUCUGUCUCUGUACGCCGCUGAAGUGUUCAGCCUGGAGGGCUCCAGCACUGUUACUGUAGAGCCGUCUGUGGCAGGAGAGGUUUAUAACUUUGAUGUGAAUCAGGACAACAGGCUGCUGUAUCAGGAGAAGCCACUAAAGAAAAUUCCUGGCAGAUAUAGUGUUGAAGUGAAGGGCUCCAGUUGCGUGUCUGUGCAGGUUGCAUGUUUCUACAACAUCCCGACUCCUGUUCUAGUUGCCAAAACUCUGAGUGUUGAAGUUAAGGUGACUGGAGACUGCCAAGGAGCCAAUAUCAUGGUGAACUUAACUGUGAAAUACAAUGGCCCAAAAGCUAGCACUAACAUGGUUAUUGUGGACAUUAAGCUCCUGUCAGGAUUUACUGCUGAUACAACACUUCUAGGACCUCUGCCCGAAUUGUUUGACCCGAUAAUUGAGCGGGUUGAUUCUGGCGAAGACCAUGUCCUAGUGUAUCUGAAAGAGAUUCCCAAAGGUGUCCCUGUGGCUUACAGUCUGCUGCUGAAACAGAUUCUUGUAGUGAAAAAUCUCAAGCCAGCUGUCAUCAGUGUUUAUGACUACUACGAGCCAAGUGAUUCUUUUGAGACUACCUACAUGUCUCCUUGUCCUUGACUUGUUUCCGUGCUGGUUACGGAAUCCAUGA